AUGUAUUUGAAAUGCUUUGAUACAGUAAUGUUUUACUAUGCGAUUUUAGUGUAUUUAGUGAAUGUCACUUUUUGUCAUUUUCAAAUUUCCCACCGUUCCAUCCCCCGUACGUCCCGACGCUCGCAGGGGACGGAACCCAGAUGACAGAUGCCGACAUCUGCCGGAUUACAAUGCCGGGGACACUGCAGCAGGGACAUCGCAGUAGUAGCGCAGGACAAUGUAACCGAUCGAGGGAUCCCAGAGCAGCGCCGCAUGGUAAGCCCAAGUGUAGCUCGGGGUUACCGCUUGUGCUACACUCGGGAAUACCGCCAGGGAGGUUA